GCGCGGCGAGGAGGGCGAGAAAACCCUCUCUCUCUGCGUUCUAAAACCCUAGGUCUCGCUCCCGCGCGCGCGCGCUCUCUCUCUCACACCCAUACCCAAAUCGCCAUGGCCGAGGCCGAGGGCGAUGAGCAAAACCUCGAGCCCCAGCACGAUCCACCGGCCCUUGCGAAGCGAAAGCCCGUCUCCGAUUGCGUCGAAGAAGGGGAGGAGGAGGAGGAGGAGGAGAGGAAGACGAAGCUUCCAAAGCUGGACAUCACCGCUCCUCUCCAAGACGAUGAUGAGGAUGAUGACGAAGACGGAGAGGAUGACGACUACGAGGAGGGCGCCGACGACGACGGAGAAGAGGGCGAUCCCAAUGGGAAUGCCGCAACCGAUGAGGGGAAGGGCGUGGUCGCGGCGGUGGAUAAGGGGAAGGGCAAGAUGGUGGUGGAAGAGGAAGACGAUGAGGACUCUGAUGACAGUCGCGAUGACGAUAGUAGUGGUGGGAGGGGGGAUGAAGGUGACGACGACAGUGAUUUCUCGGAUGACCCGCUCGCCGAGGUCGAUCUCUCGAACAUUCUCCCUGCCAGGACGCGGCGGCGAGCAGCCACGCAGCAAGGGAUUCGUUUUGUUGCCGAUCGAGACGGGGGUGAUAACGAUGGGUGAAAUUAGCUGCGAUGAGACGGAAAGGAGGAAAUUGAAGAGAAGGUGGCAGGUGACCUUGCUGGGUUGAGUUUCCCAAAACAUUAGGGGUUCUUUCCCUCUUUGGUGUUUGUGGUUUCUCACAUGUUUGUCACCAUUCCUCUUUGUUUGUCUGUGUGCUUAUUAGUGUUCUGCCGCCUCUUUAGGAGACAUAUUUGGGUGAUCUUCCUGCUAUAUCACCCCUUCUGUGUGUAUUAGUUAUGUCCCUUGAAAGCAUCAAAGAUUUUCAAGUUGGUUUGGUGCACAGUAAGCUUUGAUUUGUACAUCUUUGCCUGAAGUUGUUGGGAGUGAUCAUUGGUGUUAUCUAUGGCUACAUCUUUUCUAUUUGUCUU